AUGACCACUAACGACAACCUCAUCGCCUCUGGCGCCCCUGAUCGAGGCAAGACCACCUCAAGCUGUGUGCACGACCUCUCUUCCGCUGUGUCAAGCGAAACAUCUUCUAGACUACACCGCUCACAGGACCGCAUACCGUGCAUCGCAACGUUCUUCAACGCCCACGGGGACAGGGAGGCGCUGGUGAGCCUAGGCUUAGACUGUGAUGCAGUCUUCUCGAAAACUUUUGAUGUGCAGCCAAUGGCCAAGCAGCUACGACCAAAAGGCAAGGUGGCAGGGAAGGGUACAGGAGGUCAAUACAAGCUCAUCGAGGCAUCCGAGGAGUUCGGCCUGCGCAUGACGACUCAGCGAGAGCUCCAGGCGAGAUACCCAGGUGACACACCUCGCGACGACCGGGUACCUGUACAGCAUUGUGCUGUAGACGACGCGACCAGCACAGUCCUCCUAACUGUAAAACUUCUCGAGGACGCUGCAGAAGUUCAUGGUCUCAAUAGUCUAGAGGAGACGGGCCCACCAAGGUCGGUGUGGCCCCCAAAUGGCCCCAACAUCCGUAUCGUAUCGAUUGACACAGAAAGCUGCGUGAUGCCCGAGGACAUGAACCCCGUACGAGGGUGCGAAUACGCCCAAUACAUUUCCGAGUUGGGUGGCGCAUUCAUCGACACCGAUACUAUCCGCGCCCACCCUGAUGACUGGCAACAUCACAUCACCACCUUCCACGCCGUCGUAGCAGAGCACUGGGAUCACCAUCCAAACCUACGCUGUCAAGAAAGCAUGAAGAUCGACCACACACAGGCAUACUACCCUCGAGACAACGCCUCCUCCGGGCCCUCGGGCUGUCUACAGCAACUCAAGACCUUUCUAGUCAAUGACAAAGAAUUCUCAGCUCUGAUGUCGCCGGACUCAGAAAUCAUUGCACAUGAUCACUGCUCCUCCUGGCUACUUGAGAAGAUAGACCAGCCUGGUGUCUGA